AUGGAUGAGAGCUAUAACCUCGUGGUUGACAAGUCCAAAGGAAUUGCAACAUUGACAGCUAAUCAAGUAUGGGGAGCUCUGAGAGGCUUGGAGACGUUCAGUCAACUGAUCUAUCAACCAGUGAAAAAUAGGUACCGUAUUCGAACAGUGUCAAUCUCGGAUUCACCACGUUUCCCUCAUCGAGGAGUGAUGAUCGAUUCGUCGCGGCACUUUCUCCCUGUUGGAAUCAUUCUAGAGAAUCUUGUGAGAAUGGCUUAA